AUAUUGUACUAUACCACCGUACAGUUAACAUGAAGUAUAUAAUACUACAACUACUAUGUUUUACCGGAGCGUGGGCAUCGCCCCGACUUGACCCACUAGUGGACAGCAAGCGGGGUCUGAUCCGAGGACUGCAGGCGACCGAUGGAGACUACGCUAUGUUCCUCGGUAUACCAUAUGCUAUGGUCAAUUAUACCAAUCCAUUCGGGCCAUCACUACCAUAUCCUGACUUCGAAGAGACAUUCGAGGCCAUCGAUGACUCAGCAAUUUGCCCACAAUUGGAGGAAUUCAGUAACCAAAUAACUGGCUCACUGGACUGUUUGCAUCUCAACUUAUACGUGCCAAACACAGCGACCAGUUUGAAUAGACUCCCAGUUCUAGUUUGGAUAUAUGGUGGCGGAUUCCAAAUUGGUUACGCUGGUAGAUACGUAUACGGACCUAAAUAUCUGGUCAGGAAUGACGUCAUAGUAGUCACAAUCAACUAUCGUGUUGGACCUUAUGGUUUCAUGUGUCUAGACACACCAGAUGUACCUGGAAAUCAAGGCUUGAAAGAUCAAUUAAACGCUUUAAGAUGGGUUAAAGAAAAUAUUGGUGCUUUCGGCGGCGAUGCUAACAAAGUGACUAUAUUUGGAGAAAGCGCUGGAGCUGCGUCUGUAGAUUUCCAAUUAUUAUCUAAACAAGAGAAACUUUUCGAUAAAGUGAUAAUGCAGAGCGGUACUACAUUAGGCCCUUGGGCGAUAGUUGAAUCUAAUCCGAACGCACCUACUAUUUUAGCAGAUAAAUUGGGCUUUGAGACAGAAGAUACUAUUGAAGCAAUAAACUUUUUAGCUUCGGUCGAUCCAAAAUUAGUUAUAGCAGUUGCAAUAGAAUCAAAUUUAAGUUUCAUGCCUUGCGUUGAAAAAGAAUUUGAAGGUGUUGAAACAUUUGUCGCUGAACAUCCGAUAAACAGUGAAAUACCAAAAGCUAAAAACAUACCAAUUCUUACUGGAUAUAAUAAUAAGGAAAUGCUAGUAGGUGCAAAUAUUGGACUAGGACACUUAUAUUUGGAUACAUUUGAAGAAUAUUUAUCAAUGGCAUUUAACUUUGAAGAUGAUGAAAUGGUAACUUUAGUUAGACAAUUCUACAUAGGUGAUGAUAAUAACGUUGAUGAUUUAAAAGAAAACCUUAUUGAUUUCGAAUCAGAUAUUAUGUUCAAUCAUCCAGUCCAUAGAAGUGUUCAGAAAUAUCUGGAAAAUUCUGGAAAUGUUUAUCAUUACAUAUUCUCGUAUUCUGGAGAUAGAAACUAUCUUAAAUGGAGACUAAAUAUCACUGAAGACGGUGCAGGACACGCUGAUGAGAUAGGUUAUCUAUUCGAUGUUUCAAGAAUGGAAGAACCACCAACAGAAGAGGAUCAACUUGUUAUAGAUAGAAUUACAACAAUGUGGACUAAUUUCGUCAAGUAUGGAAACCCAACACCAGAAGCAACAGAUUUAUUGCCAGUACAAUGGACACCAGUGACAAAAGAGGUUCUAACAUAUCUCGACAUCGACAACGAACUGACGCUAAAGAAACGGCCAUUCCAUGACCGAAUGGCGUUCUUAGAUCUUUUCUUUACAAUGAACAAGCAUUUAUUAAAGGGAUACAAAGAUAAUUAAGAUAUAGUGCUUAUAUUACCAUAGAAUUCGACUGCAGUGACACUUUACCACAUACUGUUGUCUCUUUCUUCUCAAAGAAAAUUAAAGGGAUGACAGUAUUUAUUAAUAAAAGAGAUUCUAAUAUAAUACUAGUUAUAGAGUGGACAUUUCGAGCACAUUUAUUUUAACAGUGGUAAAUGCUGUAACAAUAAUAUUUGUUGGGUGCACGAAUGGAUCUCGCGCGGUGUACCACGACCACGCAGAAGACAGGCAUAAAGUGGAAGCAAUUCCGCUUUUCAUCUGAUGAGUGUGGGUGCUAGAGGCCUAAUUAUAUUCCACGUUC